GCCGCCGCAGCAACGAAUCUCUCCAACCCCAACCCAUCACCCACGAUGAAGCUAUCCGGGGCCUUUCUCGCCUCAUCACUGUCCUGCGCUGUGCUUGCAGCUCGGCCAACCGUCAGCCCAGAGACUGCGCGUCUUAUCAUCGCCCAGCGCCUGGGCCUGUCGCGAUUCCACUCACUCGAGCAUGCAGAUGCUGACACCAUUCACCACAUCAACACGUACGGAGGAAAGCGACAGCCGCUGUUUGGAGCAGAUGACGCAGACGUCUCCAAAGCGCAUCUGCUAGUCUGGGCAGAGGAUGUCGACCAGGAUGAACCAACAGUCAUCAUCAACGACGGAUCAGAUCGCACACUAGACUUUUCGAUAUCCGGCGCGCCCUCUGCAUCGGACAACGACCGCCUGAUCCACGACUUUAUAACACAGGCCGAGUCGCUGCCAGAACACCCAGACCCCCAGCAGCGAACAUACAAGUCCAACUUUGAGAUUGAAUCAGCGCUGCCUCCAAAGAGCAAAUCAAAGGCCUACAAUGGCUACCUCAACAUGUGGCGCAUCGACGAGAGCUCCAAGAUGACGACCGAGGAGCUCGCCCAGGUGCUGAGCAACGUCAACAAAAAGGCAGAGGAGGCUGGUUUCUCCACAACCGUAGUCAUGAUGCCGCGCUCGUCCAAGUCCAAGUCCAAGCGUGCCGCCAACCCCUGGGGCAUCUACGACGUCCCUGCCAUGGAGGCGCGCCGCCAAAACCCAGAAGCCGUUCUCUCUGCCACCCCCUCAACCUCAAAGGUUCCCGUUCUCGAGGACUUCUCUACCAUCGCCCAGGCCGACAGCAGCAAGAAUAAGAAGGGACCCGUGCGCGGCAUCCUCCCCGUCUGCUUCAAGUCGCUGGACGCUUGCCAGAGCCAGACUCACAACUGCUCCAGCCACGGCGAGUGCACGCUCCUCCACAAGGGCCGCGGAUCUGGAUCCAACCAAGAGACGGUCGACUGCUACGGAUGUGCCUGCAAAGCCACAGUUGAGCAUGUGGGCGAAGACAAGGGCAUGGAAUCCAAGAAGAAGGUGACUUACUGGGGAGGCCCCGCCUGCCAGAAGAAGGACAUCUCUGUUCAGUUCUGGCUAUUUGUCGGCAGUGGUGUUAUCCUGGCCUUCCUCGUCUCGGCUGGUAUUGGCAUGCUGUACUCAAUGGGUGCUGAGGAGCUUCCCAGCGUCAUUGGUGCCGGUGUUAGCGGACCCACCGCGAGGAAGUAGAAGAAUGUAGUGCAAGAGAUGAAGUGUAAGGAAUGAAAUUAGUAAGGAAUAAAGUGUAAGAGACGGAGGUGUAAGUCGACGAGGAUAGAUACAGAGCAAGAGAGGGAGGCUGAGCUGUAUAAGUUUUGGCUUUUAUACAUGGUGUAUCAGAACCAUUGGUUAGGAUGGCAGAGCGUAGUAGCAUGUACUCUAUGGGAUCAUUGGCGUUUGGUAGCAGUGCAAUCAAUAUUUGAGCAAGUUAAAAAAAAUCAUGGU